AUGCAGAUCGAGCGAGCCGAAAGCGUGGUUGUCGACGAUGACCACCCGACAAAGCCAGUCCCUGUCGUGGAGGAAGUCGACUACUCAGGGUCCCACGAGAAGACUGACCCACGCGAGAUUGCUCUGAUUACUGGUGUUCUGCAGCCGACGUUGUUUGCGAUGUACUUCCUCAACUAUCAUGACCACAACCUAAUUGCCCUGGCUCGCCUCAAUGAUGGCUUCAAGAACUUCUUCCCCACGGUGGUCAAGACCCUUGGCCUCAACCGCACAGUCACCCUCUGCUCACAUGUCCUCCCUACCUGA